AUGGCAAAAACACUAGAGAAGACGCUUGCCCGUGCCGCAUUCUUCCAGAACGCUGUCCAAGAGAAUGGAGACGAGCCUCUUGCCCUCGAGGCUGUUCAAACCAAAAUCAACGAAUUUGUGCACCAAUAUGAUGAGGAGUACGAAGAGGUCAAGAAAACCCGGCGCGCAGGACGGCCGGCAAGCGCAAAAGAAGAUCUGCUAAAAAUGAAGAUCUCGGCCCUCGAGAAAGAGCACCGCGACGGGUUCUAUCUGCCCGAUCUCACUGUGGACGCGAAUGUUCAGCUGCUCAGCAGAUUCGAAGGGUCCUGGUCGUACCUCACCAGUCUUUCCUGGGUCAAGGUAUCAGCCGCAGGGAACGUCAAGCCCUCAAGCUUCCCUCCCCAAGGCCUCUAA